CAAAAACUUAAAAUGACCUCAACAUGCCUUUCGAAAUUGUCUUUCACAUGCAUACCUUUAUUUUCGUAAUGUGUCAACAUAUUUUUAAGGGUUAUUGUUUCACCAUGGUGAUAUUUUACAUUAGCCAGAAGUCGAUGACGCACAUUUUCAAACGUUCAAGGUUGUACGUUAUAACGAUUAGGUAGAAGCAGCUUUUGAUUUACAAACGACUAAAUAAUCGAUUAUUUGCAUCUGCACUUUGAGUUCGGUAACCGCAAUUCGAUAGGCUCUCACUAGGCGAAGAGUCUGUAUUCACCUGAUAAUUCACUCUAACAGCAAAUCCAGCCAUCUGGUCGAGUUGCAUCUAACGAUGUCAAACUUACCGAUCCCGGUAGGAAGGGGAUACUCUUCUUUGGUUAGCAUUCAGACAAGUGAAAUUAUUUGUAGACUGGGUUUAUUUUUUUUUUCAACAUUGUUGUGGGCACUGGCGUUUUGACACUUCCAGCCGCGUUUCAACAAGCAGGAUGGUUGAUCUCUGCAUGUGUUGUAGUUAUUCUGUGCUUUUUGAGGUAAGUUGCAUACUUUCUAUUCUCUCAGCUUUUUAACUUUUACAUUUGUUAUUGAAGCGUUAUCUAUAACCAAUGCAUUACACAAAUCUGAGUAUCUAUAUGUUCGCAAGUUUUUAUCGCGUUUAAAAGCUUACUUUAAUUUAGGAGGGUGAAGAGCAUGAAGACAAUAAAACUUUAGUUGGUGGAAUGUCUAGUGGUAUGUCAUCGACUCUCAUAUGUUUAUUUUAAAGUUACCACUAGAAUUGUCUCAAGUGACUUCGAAAUUACGGAGAAAUACGAGCUUGGUCAAAUGUCGCUCUUUUAUUUUGGCAAAAUGGGGAAUAUUUUGAUGUACAUCAAUAUUUGUGCGUAUUUAUAUGGUGACCUAACUAUCUACGCUUCAGCAGUUCCAAAGUCGUUACGCAAUGUUAUCUGGUCAGUCAGAAUUUUGUAUAUCCACAUUACAGUCAUUCAAAUUUGCUGCGUCUUUUUCCUAUAAUUUUUGGGUUAGCUAUCUAUCCUGAUAUUUGUCGCUUGGCUAAAUUUUAUUUGAGACUAGUUUAUAAGCUUUUGGGUUUCCGAAUAAAUUCACCUUACAUAAGCCUUCAAUCAGCUUGUUUCUUGGUGGCAUUACCUUGUCAGCUUUCUGUUACUUUAGCCACUGAUUUUCAAAAAAGUAUGAAUAUAUCAGAUUGUCUAGCAUUCUCAUCCUAUUUAUUUCAAGUUGACAACCUUAUGGGCUGACUCACUCGUUUAAAUUUAUAGACAUAUUUUUAUCAACAUCCUUUACUCGAAAGAUGGUCUUAUCAAAUAUUCCUAACCUUUUCAAUGGUUAAGAAUUACGGGAUUUAUCUAUCGUCGACAGCUAAAUUGUUUAUUGAUUGGUAUUAAGAAUUUCGAUUCCGGCAUUGGUAUGGAAAAAUAAUAUUUUGGAGUGUGCUCGAAAAUACUAAAUAGAUGAACGUGUAUAUGGCAACAGUAAAUUUAUUUAUUUGUGAUGACAAAGUGCUUGUUUUUUGCCUUGAAAGAGACUUAUCAUUUUUUAACGUAUUUUAGUUCUUUUAAUAACUCACGGGAUUCUUUGUCGGAUUCAGAUCUUUGUUGGGAAUCGUUAUCUCUCACUCGCUUAGAUGUAUAUAGGAUAUUAGUUGUUUGUUUUGGUGCAUGUGUUUGCCCAUUCUUGUUCUUCAAUGUAAUUCGUUCUCGAUGGCUUCAACUACUGACCGUUUGUUUACGAUGGAUCGGCUUUAUUUUAAUGUUGAGUCUUUCAAUUGAAAGAGCUAUUAUUCUGCACAAAAAUAUUACAGUUGAAACGUUUCACCAUAAUGUUAGUAUGUAUUGGAAUCCUUCAAUCUAUUCAUUACUUAUAAAAUCUGAACCUAUUCCAAAACCGCCAGCCUUUCAACCUCAAAAUAUACCAAGUUUAUUCGGAGUUUGUGUGUACGUAUUUAUGUGCCAUCAUUCUAUACCUGGUAUUGUAACUCCUGUUAGAAAUAAGAGUAAAAUACUAUGUACAAUAUUUAUACCUGUUUUCAUUACAGUUCUGUCGUUUAAUCUCUUAUUAUCUACUACAGCUAUCAUUGCAUUUAAUCAUAUUGAAGAUAUUUACACAUUGAAUUUUUUACCGAACAAUGAAUUUAUUGAUAUAUCACGAAUUCCUUAUACAUUAGCUUUAGUAAUAGGUUAUUUUUUAUGUUUAUUUCCCGCGUUUGCGUUAACUUCAUCUUUUCCAAUAGUUGGCACUAGUUUACUUGGAAACAUUUUUUCUUUAUGUAACUUCUUCUCUGUAUUCAAAAGUGAUAAAGCUCAAAACAUUUUGAAGUACACAUUACCAUUUAUCGUAUUAUUGCCACCAUUAGGGAUUGCAUUAAUAACUAAUAAUGUUGGAUAUUUGACUGGUUUUACUGGGGCAAUUUUUGGUUCAGGUAUACAGUAUAUAAUACCAGCGCUGUUAGUAUUUAAAGCACGUCGAUACUUUAAAAACCGUGUUCUUCUGGAAGAAUCUAGUCUUGAAACAACAACAGGUAUACAGCAAAAUGACGAUACGACAUCGACAACUGUUGGUGAUGAAAUGGUACAACCAACUUCCAGUAAUGAUAAUACGGAGAAUGAGAAUAUCAUAUAUGGCUCAACAAAUCACAUGACAGCACCACAUUCUGUUCAAAUUAUAGAAAAAUGUUCCAACCAUUAUUUAUUGUCUAUUUCGAUGCAUGCAUCACCAUUUCAGCACUUUUUCUGGAUAAUAAUAGCUUUAAUUUGGGCUUUAUUUUGUACUAUCAUCGUCCUCAUUGACAAAAUACACCAACUUUAAACGUAAUGCUUCUUAAGAUUUCAUUUUUUCUGAAAAAUUCAAAUAUGUUUUAUCCCUCUUUGUUGAUUAUAGUUACUUCUACUGAAUCACAAUAAUAAUUUUAUGUUUUUAAUCAACACUAAUCUGAUUAAAUUAUAUAUUUAAUACACACGU